CCGUUGCGAAGUAAACAUCGAAAAAUGGACGAUCGUACCGUAGAUCGUAUAUUCGCCGGUUCCUUGGAGCAUUUGCCAUCCGUAAGCUCAAAGAUCGUCAGAAUAUUCACAAGUUCAACAUUUACAGAUACAACAAUGGAAAGAAAUACUCUAAUGGCAAAGUGCUACCCUAGAAUUAAAGACUACUGCAGAGAGAAACACGGGCUAGAAUUUCAGGUAGUGGAUAUGAGAUGGGGAGUGCGAGACGAAGCAACAGAUGAUCAUAUGACGACUGAAUUAUGUAUGAAAGAAAUAGAGAACUGUCAAAGAUUGUCGAUGGGCCCCAACUUUGUUGUGUUCCUAGGGCAAAAGUAUGGGUACCGUCCCAUACCAACCUAUAUAAUAUCUUCGGAGCUUCAACUGAUUAGGGAUGAGGUAGCGAAUACUGGAGCAGAUCCUACUCUGAUAGACACUUGGUACCGCAAGGAUAGUAACGCGGUACCCCCAGUUUCAGUAUUGCAACCCAUCUCAUCCAUUUUGAUUAAUUUUAAUAACAAGAGGAUUCCAAAAUUGCAAGCGGAAGACCAAGCGAUCUGGUGGGACACCUUGGGUAAAUUUCAAAAACUUUUUCGAAAAGCAUCCAGUACGUUAUACCAACAAGGAAUAAUGGACAAGGACGCGAUGCACAGUUAUUUUAUGUCUGUAACGGAAAGGGAAGUGAUCAACGGAAUUUUAAAUGUGAAAAACACCAAAAAUCAUUGUUUGGCAUACGUGCGAUACAUUAACAACAUAAACCUGCAAAACAUAAAGAAAGCGUCAUUAUUCGUGGAUAUUCUCAAUCGAAGUUUGGAUCAAGAAUCGUGUAAAUUGCUGGCAAAUUUGCGAGAUGAACGCCUUCCUGACAAAAUUGAAACGAGUAAUUUGCAAAAAUACACGGUGGAGUGGAUCGGACGUGAAGGUCUCGAUCCAGAAACCCACGAAGAAUAUCUCAAGCACUUCAUAACUCACUUCUAUAAAAACAUUACAAAGCUCGUCGACAGGGCUAUGAGGAAGGAAGAUUCGAGCGCUACAGGACAGAUAGUAACCGAAAUCUUGCAACACUUACAUGCGUGCAAUAACUCAGUGAAGGUAUUUUAUGGACGCGAAGAUAGUCUGGAGAAAAUUCAAAAUUAUAUGUUGGGAGAAUCAGAUAAACCAAUGGUUCUGUACGGCGAGGGAGGUUGUGGAAAAACAUCAUUAUUAGCAAAAUCUGCCAGUAUGUCUACUGCGGCCGAAUGGUUCAAAAAUAAGAAACCGAUCAGUGUGAUACGUUUCUUAGGGACAACACCCGACUCCAGCGCGUUAACUCCAACGUUAAUUUCAAUAUGCCAGCAGAUUUCCUAUAACUUUACUAUGCCCUUUGAAACGAUACCUGAUGAUCUGGUACCACUCACCGCGUACUUCAAGCAGCUACUAACAAUGGCUAACAAGGACCAACCGUUCGUACUGUUUUUAGAUUCGGUUGAUCAACUGACGGGGACGCAAGAUAAGGUGUCGUGGUUACCUACGCGACUUCCGCCGUAUUGCAAGAUAAUCGUAGCCUGCGCAUGUGAGGAAAGUAACCCGGACGUAUCUCGCGAGUACCACACGUUACGAAAAAUUAUUGACGUGGAGGAAAAUUUUAUCGAAGUUACCGCGCUGGGAGAGGACCUGGCGACACAAGUCAUAAAGAUGUGGAUGAGAAAAGCUUGCAGAGACUUGACGAACUAUCAGUGGCGCCUGGUUGCGAAUGCAAUUUCCAAGUGUAGCCUACCGAUAUUUGUAAAGCUAGUGUUUGCGGAAAUAUGCAGAUGGCGUAGCUACACCAAACCGCAGGAGACUCAUUUGGCCUCAACUGUUAUGGAUUCGAUUAUGAUGCUAUUUGAGAGAAUUGAAAAACAGCACGGGCGGAUUUUGGUGUUUCACGCUUUGGCGUAUAUCACAGCUGCGAAAAGCGGCUUAUCCGAAUCGGAACUGGAAGAUCUCAUUUCACUGGACGAUAAGGUUUUAGACGAUGUGUAUCAGUACCACAUGCCGCCUGUUAGACGUAUACCCCCUUUACUUUGGACUAGAAUUAGAAAUGAUCUUCCUAAUUACCUAUCCGAACGAGAGGCGGAUGGUGUGAGCGUUAUGAAUUGGUACCAUAGACAAUUCCGAGAUGCGGCCCGUGAACGUUACUUCAAGAAUAUGAAUAUGGCCAUGUAUUUCCAUUCAAAUAUUGCAGAUUAUUAUUUAGGGAUUUGGGGUGGAGGUAAACCCAAACCGUUUAAAUAUACAGAAAUUCAAAGACACAGAUUUAAUUUGACCGACAAGGAGGGAAUUGCGGAUAGGAAAGUGCCCCUCCAACCUUUGGUUUUUUUGACGAAAGAAGGAUUUGUUGCGAGGUACAACUUACGGAAGUUUGGCGAACUACCAUACCACAUGGUUAGAUCGCGCAGAUUCAAGGACCUAUACGAGAACGUGCUCUUUAGUUACUCCUGGUUAUAUUGCAAGCUAUCCAGUUGUCCCUUGCAAUCCAUUCUAUCCGAUUUUGAAGACUGCAGCUCCAGCAUUGACAAAAAGGAGGCAAAGAGAGAACUGAUGUUGGUUGCGGAUGCUUUGCGAUUGGGUGGGGCGGUUUUGGUGCAAUACCCCCACAUGUUGGCACCGCAAUUAAUUAGUCGUUUAUUACCAGAAAUCGGCACCAAUCCCAAUGUUAAAAUGUUACUGAAUGCCUGUGACGAUUUAGGCCCGGCUCAUUGUGCACUUGUCCCACUGUAUCAUUGUUUGCACACUCCUGGUGGACCUUUAAAGUACUCACUUGAGGGCCAUCAGUUUGCUAUUUUCGCUAUGUGUAUUACUUCAGAUAGCCGUUAUGUGGUUUCGAUCUCAAACCGUUUCAUAACUUGGGAUCUCUCCACCAGUGAUAUGACCCGAGAUGUUAAUCCAAACAUCGAGGGAAUAAUGCAGCAACUUGUUUUGAGCUCGGAUAACAAAUGGGCUGGUGCUUACACUAAUAAUAGCCAGGUUGUCUUGCUGAACACGCUCACCAGCGAGUUUACGGUUAUGGACAAUCCUUUACCAGAUCAAGACCCUGUCGUAGGGGUUGAUUUACUGACUCACAAUCUGUUUGUGUAUGGUGCCAAAUCUUGGGUCCAGUUUGAUGUACGUGGUAAUCAAGAGAAUGUGUUUCAUACACCAGUAGAGGACGAAAAUUGGCACAUAUUGGUUGUUGACUAUGAUACCCGCAGCGAAUACAUCAUCAUAUUUUGGAGAAACGAUCUGGAGAACGACCAAAUGAUGCUACGAUCCUACAAUAACAAUGUGGACUUUAAGCCCUUGGAGUACCACAGUGCCAUUGCAUUUUCAAAUGAUAAAGAGGUACUAUACACUUGCACGACUGAAAAUGUAUACGCCGUAAGUAAAUAUGGAAGAAACUACACCGAAAAAGAAUGGGAACUGAUUGAAGACCUCCCACGAUCGGAAAGUGACGAUACGGAGGUUAUGCUUCAAUUGAAACUGGACAAAGCGGACCAAGUACUCUUUGGAACCACCAGUAAUGGAUACGUCAUUUGGGAUUUUGGUGAUAAUGGGCAAGGCAUUGCUGUAGAACUUCGUCUUCCGUACGGAGUUCGAAAUAUUUCCACCAAAAUGCUGGAGUCAAAUUCGAUAAUGUUAAGUGCGCAAAAAAAUUACGCAGUAGCUGGAGUGAGGAAAAAUUUGUACAUUUGGUGCAUGAAAACGUACAAACUACUAAAAAUAUUGGACGCUCAUUUUGGACGUAUAAUCCAACUCGAAGCUUUGGCUAUAGGUUCGUGGAAUUGUAUUGUAACAUCCUCAAUUGAUCGCACAGUGAAAGUGUGGAAUAUUAACAACAUAUUUGAGCAAGUCCAUGUUAUCGAUAGGCAUGAGUUACAAGUGGAUGCGAUUAGUUUAUCACAAAAUUUAGGAAUUGCCGUUACUGUAACACGAAAUUGUGUUGGCGUAUGGGAUUUACGCACGGGAAAGAUAAUCGCCAAACUUGCGGAUAGUCCCCUUGGUGCUAUAGUGACCAACGCUUUGAUAACACCAGAUGGGCGGUACAUCAUCUCUGCGGAAUCGGGUAAUCUCCUCAUCUGGCUACGCUUAACCCAGCAGGUCAUCUUCAAAGAAGAGCAUAAGGGAAUCAGACAGUUGACUUUGAUGAAUGAAGGCACCACGGUGUUAGCGGUGUCAAGACCUGGUAAUCCUGCGGGCACAGAUGUUGUAAAUACCGUCGCCAAGGGAAUACUACGCACGAUUCCAGAAGGAGAAACCGUGUACACUUUUGAGUAUCCCGUCAGGAGUAUCACAGGAGUUCCAUUCAAACCAGCUGUAAUCACUUGCGACGGGCAGAACCUUAUACUUUGUGCGGCUGAUAAAACAAAUAGGGACUGUGUGAUGGUGCACAACGCAAAAACGGGCGCAAUCGUACAUAAGAUUUCUUUGCGCCAGUGUGGAAUUAAGGAUAUACAGUCACUUGUAGCUAUGCCCCACAAGCCACACCUGAUUGCUGUGAUAUCUACGGAUAAAGGUGCAAUUAUCGAUAUCAGAAGUAAAAAACAUCUUCGCUCAAUUCCAAAAUGGGGAGGAAGCUGUACUAAAGACGGAAAGUUCGGAUUAUACGCUCCGACCCGAGGCGGACUGGAAUUGCUAGAGUUAAAAAAAGGUCAAACAGUUAAAACCUUUAUACCAAAGGUUGCGGAAGGAGUAUUUACAGUUAUUUGCAUGUUUAACAAAACUGACGAGUAUGUAUUGUACUACCACAGUGGCAAAAAAACCAUGAGAGUCUUUCGAACUGUUGACGCUCAAAUGAUUGCGAAUUAUCGCGUGCAGGCUGAGCUGACCGCAGUUGAAAGUACAGAAGAUGGAAAGGCGAUUGUUUUAGGAACGGUAGAUGGGUGUGUUUCCGUUUUGGCGAUAGUAGAUCAUGACAACGCAGAAAUGAAGGACUACCUAGCUUCUAUGCCAUCCCGAGAUGAAGAAUGGAAGAAAAAAUUGGAACAACAACGGGCGCGUCUGAGAUUUAAGGCCGUUGGCUCAGUUGCGAAAUUGUCGACCUUAUUUUUUAAUAAGAAAAAUCUUGAUAUUGGUUCAUCGGAAAAUGAAAAUAAAGACAACACCACCAACGAGGGGUAGUUUAAACUUCAUUUGUAAAUUGUAGUGACUAGAUCUAAAAUAAGUGCUAUUAUGCUCAUAAAUCAAGUCAGAAACAAUUUGUUAUAACUUCAUAGCGUAAAUGAAAGAUUAAUUGUUCUAACGGAUGCUGCACAAAGUUGUUUCGUCCAAAGAGUUAACCUGUCCUCAGGUAAUUGACUGACUGAAUCCAGGAUUUGGAAUGAUAUAAAUAUAAUUUCUGAGUCUUCAGACGCAGCAUUCGUCUAAACUA